AUGGACUGGAGUGACUUCCCUCACCUCUCCCAACAUCAUAGGGAGUUGGCAGAGCAUAUGGCGCAGGGACUUGGUGAACAAGCCCUGGUCAAUCUCUUGCAUUGUCCUCCUGAGCAACAUGUUUCUCAGUUGGAGCAAUUUGAGGCGUUUGUGCUCGGACAGCGUAGAAACGCGUCCGAGGUAAACAGCCAAGCCACCGCUGAGUCCAUCACUAAGACUCAGGAUGAGCUUAGGCUUGAGCAGGCACGUAAUGAGGCGCUCAACAGAACUGUUGAGACGCUCUCUGCCCGGCCUGCUCAACCGAGGCCCAUUCGGAUGGACCCUCCGAAGUUCGAUGGAGCUACCCCUCACACGAUUGUUCACUGGCUAUUAGCAGUGGAGCAAUCAUCAGAGUGGGCUUACUCUGCGCUUAUGGCAAAUGCCGAUGAAUUCUCAUCAUGGAAGAUCUUUAAGUCAAAGAUUCGCGCCAUGUACCAGCCGCCUAACAACGAAGUGUUGCUUAUGGCGCGCUUCUUUGGAGCACGACAGGCGAAACGCUCUCUGCAAGAGUUUGUGCAGGAGAUGCGUUCGCUGUCGGCGUCCAUCAAUGGGGAACCGAUACCAGAGCGUAUCAAGGUAGCCACGUUCAUGUAUGGACUUAGGCAUGGCCCAUCGCGUCAGGCCCUUUUCAGAAAGGUGCCGGCGACGAUGGAAGAGGCAAUUGACAUUGCCUUAGUUAAGGAGCAAUCCUACAACAGCGCCUCGGCGACAGCCUAUUACAGGCCGUCGUCCGAGAAGUCUGAUGCCACUCCUAUGGAGUUAGGCAAUGCAGAUGUGAUCUGCUACAAGUGCGGCAAGCAAGGCCAUAUGAUGGCUCGCUGCUAUGCCAAGGUAGCUGCUGGUGCUAAGGCAUCCAGCAAAAGGUCUCCCAACCCGAAGGGAGGUGCGACAAACCAGCGUGCACGACGCACGGGUUCAGCACCUGCCCAAGAUGGGUCGGGAAAUGCGGGAGCGCAGUAG